AUGUCGCGCAUCAAGACUACGUACCUGGACCAAGCUUUCUACAACUCGUCACUUGCCGAGGGGCCGGAACUUGAAUCUUACGUUGAGCCUUUUGCCCAUACACCGUCGACGGGCGGGACGGCGAUCGAUGCUGCUGGCACGGUGUACAACAGUGACACCGACAGCCAGCGGAUCAUCGCCAUAGCACCUAAUGGGACGAUGGCGACGCUGGUCCAAGACUCAAGAUUGUUAUGGGUCGACGCUAUGUGGAUUGACACCCGGCAGAGACUAUGGCUGCCAGCCGCGCAGUUGAAUAGGGGUGUGCCAUUUGGAGACGGGACCAACCGAAUCGUUAAGCCAUUACUUGUAUUCACACUGCAGUUGGAUGUUGGACCACCGGCCAAUGACCAUGCUUGA